GGUGCACGUUCUCUGCUGCGCGCUCCCGGCAGGCAGCACUUCGGUCCUCCACUUCGCCGUCCGUCCCGUCGAGAGAAGCCAGGCAGCCCGCAGGAUGACCAUCAACACCCUGGCUAAAGGAGGGUGGCACCGGGAGCAAAUGACAUGCUUUCAGAAGAUGGAGAAAGUGAUCGUGGCCAUGCAGGACCCUGACAUGGGCAUGAAGAUGAGAAACCAGAGGCUCCUCAUCACUGUCAUUCCACACGCCAUGACAGGUCAUGAUAUAAUUACCUGGUUGAUCCAGAAGUACAGCAUCUGUGAGGAGGAGGCUCUGCACCUUGGCGGUAUGUUGGUCAAAUAUGGAUAUAUUUACCCUCUCAAAGAACCAAGGUCCAUCGUGUUACACCCUGACGAGACGCCCUACCGCUUCCAGACUCCUUACUUUUGGACUAGUACCCGGUGGCCUGCCUCAGAGCUGGACUAUGCAAUCUAUUUGGCUAAAAAGAACAUAAGAAAACAGGGAGAACUGAUGGAAUAUGAAAAGGAGAGGUACAGUGUGUUGCACAAGAGGAUCAACCACACCUGGGACUUUGUGGUGAUGCAAGCCAGAGAGCAACUCAGAGCGUCCAAACAGAGACGGAAGGCUGACCGCAUUGUGCUAGAAUGUCAGGAGCAGGCUUACUGGCUCAUCAACAGACCCCCGCCUGGGGUGGGUAAUGUGUUGGACAUGGGUCUAGAGCGACCAAAUAACUUCAGUUUGCGAGCGACACUGAACAGUGACUACUACAAAAGAGAGAUUGAGACCUGCAGACGAGCCUUAGGAAGAAACCGUGUAAAGUCAUCCAUCUGCCUAGAAGGUUUUGUGAAAUACAGCGAGCAGUACCAGAACCACGAUCCCAUUAUGCAAGGCUGCCUUCCCAGUAACCCCUGGAUCUCUGAUGACACUGCACAUUGGACGAUGAACGCAGAAACGGUGCCCACGCCGACACGUCUCCGAGUGGAGUGCUGGAGCUUCAGCUUCAUGGAGCUUCUCAAAGAUGUCAUGGGGAAGAAAGAGUUCAUGACCUACCUGGAGAAAGAGUUCAGCGGGGAGAAUCUGUGUUUCUGGCAGGCGUGUGAGGAUAUUAGACAUGGAGAAAGCUCCAAGAUCACAGAGAAAGUGGAGGAAGUCUACAAAAAUUUCCUGGCUCCCGGCGCCGCCCGCUGGGUCAACAUUGACAGCAAGACGAUGGAUAAAACCUUGGAGGGGAUCAAACGGCCGCAUCGCUUCGUCAUGGAUGACGCACAGAUGCACAUCUACUUCCUGAUGAAGAAGGACUCUUAUCCAAGAUAUCUGAAGUCUGACCUUUACAAAAACAUGCUGGCCAAAGCUAUCGUCCCCCAGGAGACCAAGAAAAGCGUGUUUCCCUUCAUGAGACGCCAGCGGCACUCCAGCCCGUCCCCUGCUCAAGCCGCUGCCCAGGCAACGGAGGAAGAUGGGCGUGGCAAGGGGGCGGGGCCAGCAGGUACCAACUCUGAUGUCUGAUGACGCACAAAGAAAAGCCCAACGAAACCAAAAAGCAUCAGACUCUGUCAUCACCUCAGUCACAGCUACCACCCGAGGACGUCUCUUCUGCUCUUUUCUUUUGAACACCAGAGCUUUUCUUUCACCGCUGCGGCAUCACCACAGUUUAGGAUUUUAGAGAACAGGUGUUACUGCAAACCUCAGCAGCUAAAGCACGAGCAGAGCUGUUGGUGCCACCGUUUCAGCUUUUAUUGCUGCAUCUCCAUCCUAUCCCUGUAUCCUGUCUCAGUCCAAAAGGUGGAAUUCUUUUGGACAUCAUCCCUCAUGACAAGUCCUCCUUUCCCUCUGUUUGUUAAGAGCAGGUUUAGGUAGAAGGUUUAGGUUGUGAAUGGACAGUAGAGAUGUAUUUAGUCAGCAUGUGUGUGAUUAUUGUCUGCUUCAUUCCAUGCUGGGGCUUCACACUGUGAUCGUUGUUGCUGUUAAUUUUGCUCAGGCACGUGUUUAUCCCAAUAAAAUGUCACAACAGCA